AUGCCAAACCGCCGCGUUGAGGUGGCAUCUAUAAACCAACUGAAAAGCAUCGAAAAAAAGAACCCAGAAUUGGAACAUCUAGGAGAUGGAGAGGGGAAGCCAUUCAGUGUAGCACCGGUUGUGCAAUUUGGUCAACGCCGUGACUCGCCUUCCCUGGUCGAGUUCCCCCUGUGUCAUAGAUUCUUGUCCCCUGCGGUUAUCUCCCCAUACGCGAAGAGCUUGAUUCGGCUUUUACUGUUUUCUCUCCCUCCUUUACUACAUUUGUUUUUAUGUUGCAGCUUAUGCAUGGUACAGUCUAUUUCCACCUGA